AUGAGCCAGCAGGAUGCGGUCGCUGCACUUUCUGAACGCCUUCUCAUAGCUGCGUACAAAGGCCAAGCAGAGAAUGUGGUUCAGCUCAUCAACAAGGGCGCCAAGGUAGCAGUUACCAAGCAUGGCCGGACCCCCCUUCAUCUUGCUGCCAAUAAGGGCCAUCUUUCUGUGGUCCAGAUCUUGCUGAAGGCUGGCUGUGACCUUGAUGUUCAGGAUGAUGGGGAUCAGACCGCCUUGCACCGAGCCACAGUGGUGGGGAACACGGAAGUCAUCGCGGCGCUCAUCCAGGAGGGCUGUGCUCUGGACCGCCAAGACAAGGAUGGGAAUACGGCCCUACAUGAAGCGUCCUGGCACGGUUUUAGCCAGUCAGCCAAAUUGCUCGUUAAAGCAGGAGCCAACGUGCUUGCCAAGAACAAGGCGGGGAACACGGCUCUGCACCUGGCCUGCCAGAACAGCCACUCCCAGAGCACACGAGUCCUCCUGCUGGGCGGGUCCCGAGCCGACCUCAAAAAUAACGCAGGCGAUACCUGUUUGCACGUUGCUGCACGCUAUAAUCACUUGUCCAUCAUUAAGCUCCUCCUCAGUGCUUUCUGUUCUGUCCAUGAAAAGAACCAGGCCGGAGACACAGCACUUCAUGUUGCUGCUGCCCUAAAUCACAAGAAGGUGGUUAAAAUCUUACUGGAAGCUGGAGCAGAUGGAACCAUUGUUAAUAAUGCAGGCCAGACUCCCCUGGAGACUGCCCGCUACCACAAUAAUCCGGAAGUUGCUCUUCUCCUCACUAAAGCUCCCCAGGUCUUGCGCUUCAGUCGCGGGCGAAGCCUGAGGAAAAAGAGAGAGAGGCUCAAGGAAGAGAGGAGAGCUCAGUCUGUGCCAAGAGAUGAGGUGGCACAAAGCAAGGGAAGUGUCUCCGCAGGAGACACCCCCAGCAGUGAACAGGCUGCACCCAGAAAAGAAGAGGCCAGAGAAGAUGUCCUGUCCGCCUCCCCAGAGCCCAAGGCGAAGGACAACAGGCAGAGAAAGUCAAGGCCCAAGGCGUCAGCAUUUUCUGACCCCACUCCACCAGCAGACCAACAGCCUGGACACCAGAAGAACUUGCAUGCUCACAGUCACCCUAAAAAGAGGCCCAGGCACCGAUGUUCACCGCCACCCCCUCCCCAUGAGUUCAGAGCGUACCAGCUCUACACGCUGUACCGGGGCAAGGACGGGAAGGUGAUGCAGGCACCAAUAAAUGGUUGUAGAUGUGAACCCCUAAUCAACAAGCUGGAGAACCAGUUGGAGGCAGCUGUGGAGGAGAUCCGAGCAGAGCUGGGUUCGGUUCAGGAUAAAAUGAACACAAAGCUGGGGCAUAUGGAGAACAAAACCCAGCACCAGAUGCGUGUUCUGGACAAGCUGAUGGUUGAGCGGCUGUCAGCAGAGAGAACAGAGUGCCUGAACCGCCUGCAACAGCAUUCAGAUACAGAGAAGCAUGAGGGGGAGAGACGACAGAUGUCAUUGGUUGACGAAUUAAAAACCUGGUGCAUGUUAAAGAUUCAGAAUCUGGAGCUGAAACUUUCUGGAGAUUCUAGGGCCUCUAGGACCAAAUCUGCACCAUCUACUUGCGAGUCGUCUACAGGCGUGGAUCAGUCCGUGGCCACUGCAGGUCCAGUAGCGGCUUCUGACAGUUCUCCUCAGGUGGUUAGGCCCAAGGAAAAGGCCUUCAACUCCACUGCUACCCACAGACUACAGCAGGAGCUGUCUUCCUCAGACUGUACCGCGUCCCGACUGAGGAAUGUCAAGGUCCAGACAGCCUUGCUACCCUUGAAAGAGGUGGCCAAGUGUGAUCAGCAGGCUGGGCCCUGUGUUGACAGAGGCACCCAAACCAAGAAGUCUGGGAAAAGUGGGCAGACGAGGCAUCGGCCCCAGCACCCUGCACCCGGCACCACCGGUGGGCAGCCGCCCCCGGCAGCGGGCAGUGAGCAGACUGCCUCUCACGUUCGAGACACCUCCCAGGCUCUGGAGAUUACCCAGUAUUUUUUUGAGGCUGUUUCUACCCAGAUGGAAAAGUGGUAUGAGAGGAAGAUUGAAGAAGCGCGAAGCCAAGCCAGUCAGAAAGCCCAGGAAGACAAGGCCACCCUGAAGGAACAUAUUAAAAGUUUAGAAGAAGAACUUGCUAAACUAAGGACUAAAGUGCAGAAGGAAAAUUAG